CGCCGCAUCGCCGUCGCCAUGGCGCUGUGCGGCCGCUCCGCGCUCCUCCUGCCGCCCCCGCGCCCCGCGCCGCGCCGCCCCCGCGCCCCGGAGGCCUCCGUCAGCUGCAGCCGCCUUCGAAGCAUUCAGAGUAUCCUGACACAGAGCAGCAAAUCUCAACCUGAUGGAAUCCUUUGCAUUUUAGGAAUAGACAGCCGAUACAAUGAAGGUUGCAGGGAACUGGCAAACUAUCUGCUUUUUGGCUUGUAUAACCAGAGUAACAAUGACUUUGAAAGAAGUGGAUUUCCUGAAGAAGUUCUUGAUGAUAUAAUCAUAUUAAUAAAGCCUGACAGUGUCCAUCUGUACUGUAACCCAGUGAAUUAUAAUCAUCUUUUGCCUUAUGUGGCAUACUGGAGGAACCUGCAUUUUCACUGUCUGACUGAAAGUGAGUAUGAAGAUGAGGAAGCUGCAGAGGAAUUCAAGAUUUCCAGCUUUGUAGACAUGGUUCGAGAUUGCAGUCGCAUCGGUAUUCCGUACAGCUGCCAAGGUCACCUACAGAUAUUUGAUAUGUUCAUUGUUGAGAAGUGGCCAAUAGUGCAGGCUUUUGCACUGGAGGGAAUCGGGGGUGAUGGCUUCUUUACAAUGAAAUAUGAAUUAAUGGAUGUCAGUGUUGAUCUGUGGAAGACUUACAGCAAAAUGGAUCCUGCUUCCUUGGAGGACUUGCUCUUUGAGGAUCUAAUGAUUUUUGAACAUCAAUGGACCAACUUCUUUGCUAAUUUUGAUACUGAAAUUCCCUUCAUUCUGGAACUAUCAGAAUCUCAGGCAGGGGAGCCUUUCAGAAGUUAUUUCAGUCACGGAAUGAUCUCAAGCCAUAUAACAGAUAACAGCCCCAGCCGGCAGCCCUUUGUUCUGUUUGGUAGCCACUCAACUAAGGAAAACUUGAACUCUGGUAACUUUAAUUUUCCAUCAGAAGGUCAUCUUGUCCGAAACACUGGCCUUGGUGGAAGCACUGCUAAGCAUAUGGUAGUGCAGUGUGUGUCUCCAAAAGGACCCCUGGCUUGUUCAAGGACCUAUUUUUUUGGAACCACUCACGUCCCUUUCCUGGGAAAUGACAAGGAGAUGCACAAGCAAGCUGAUCAAGUUACGCUGUUGUCGCAAAUAUAUACUGCUGUUGUAGAGGCUGUGCUUGCUGGCAUUGAGUGCUAUGCUAAAACUUCCACUGAAUCCAAGGCAAAGGAGGUAGCAGAGCAGAUGUUCAUGUCUGUGUUAGAUACCCUUCAUUUAACACCACUGAAAGCAGUGUUACGCUCCAAAGUUGCAUUUCAAAUUCAGGCUGUGAAUAAUCAUGGAAGAAUAACGCCGUUAGAUAACGAGGACAGCCUGAGCUUGAUCAAAACGGCAUCUAUGAUGGUAUUUGACAUUCCAGACUUGCUCACUGGAAGAGGAUGCCUGGGAUCUGUUGUCUUUUCAGAGUCCUUCCUAACGUCACAGAUACAAGUGAGAGAAAAAGAUGGCAGCAUUAAUUCAGAAAGCAGCCACAUCAUACUGACUGCAGCUAUCCCCAGAUCUGCUUCUUGGCUGGUUGAAGACAAUGAUGUGAAACUGUCUGAAAAGGCACAGCAUACAUUGAAGGAAGACAAGUCUUUUCUGGGCACUUUACUCACUGGAGGUGAUGGAGCAUAUAUUUAUUCAAGCAAUCCACAGGCCAUGCCUGCAGAAGGCAAAUUGUACUUCUUUUCAGAGGGCAUUCUCUUUUCUGAUCCCCACCAUGGCAGCAUUUCCAUUUCAAAGAACCAUAUGAGUUCUGUUUCCCUCUAUGAUGGGGAUUCAAACACUGUUGUUGCUGCUCUCUUUAUAGAUGUCAAAAGUUCCUUACUUGCUCACCUACCAAUCGAAUUCCAUACCCGAGACAACUUGUUGAUGAUUGCACUUUUCCCCAAAACAAAGAUUUAUAAAGCUUUUUAUUCACAGGUUUUGUCUUCAUGGAAAAAACAGACAAACUCAGGAUUAUCUUUAAGGGUUGUCCAGGAAGAAUUCCUGUCCUUGGAACAAAAGAGACUGCAUUCCAGUGUUCAGAAGCUAUUCAAUGCCCUGUCUUUUUCUUCUGGGGAAAGAUGUAGGAACCUGAAAAUAUCUGCUGCACUUCCAGAAUUAGAGAGGUUUGUGCAACAUUUCACAGUCAGCAGCGUCAGUCAGGAGCCAGUAAUGAGAGCACAUCUUCCUAUCUUAUUGCAACAGUCAGAGGUCAUUCCUGAGAGCAAAGCAGAAAGUGAUAAGGUGGUUAUCACCAUUAUCACUGGGCUUCCAGGGUGUCGUUCCAGCGAUCUCUGCGCUUUCCUGGUGACUUUCAACAAAGACCACGGAAGGUGGAUCAUUUAUCGACAAACUCUGGAUAGUCCUGAAUGUUUCAGUGCAACCCACUUCCAGCGUUACCUUUCCAGUGUCCUGGAAGCUCAGCGAAACCACAGCGCCCGUCAGUCCACUUAUGCCAAGAAGAAGCAACGUCUCUUAGUAGUCUUGCAAGGAUACACUGAUGUUAUUGAUGUUGUACAGGCUCUGCAAACUCAUCCUGACCCAGAUGUGAAGUCUUCUUUCACCAUUGGAGCAGUUAAUACUUGUGUAGAGCCACUGAGCUGCUACAUGGAACAUAGGCUUCUUUUUCCCAAGUUCUUGGACCAGUGUUCACAAGGACUAGUGAGUACCGUGGUUUUCACGAGCCAUGCCACAGAGCAGAGGCACCCGCUCCUUACGCAGCUGCAGAGCCUCAUCCGAGCAGCAAACCCGGCAGUUUCCUUCAUCCUGGCAGAAAAUGGAGUUGUAACCAGGAACGAGGAUAUUGAAUUAAUCCUCUCAGAAAGCAGUUUUUGCAACCCUCAGAUGAUGAGAGCUCGGUAUUUAAUGUAUCCUGGCUGGUACGAAGGCAAACACAGAGCUGGGCCCGUCUUCCCUCCCAUGGUCCAGAUCUGUGUGUGGUUUAACCGGCCUCUGGAGAAAACACGAUUUGUCACCAAAUGUAAAGCGAUUAAGUCGUUGCUCAAGCCAAGUCCUUUUUCUGGAAACAUCUAUCACAUCAUGGGCAAAGUUAAGUUUUCAGAUUCUGAUAAAGUGAUUGAAGUGUGUCACAACACGUCAUCUAACUCACUAAGCCUCGUGCCUGUUCAGGAGGGGCCAACUCCUCCUGAAUCAAGAAGCGACCACAGAGAUUGCAGCAGUCAACAGGAGUGCUUCCUUGUGUUCAUUGGCUGCUCUCUUAAGGAAGAGGAUAUAAAAGACUGGCUCAGAGAAACUGCAAAACAGAAACCUCAGAGGAAAGCCCUGAAAACCAGAGGCAUGCUAACCCUUCAGGAGAUCAAGAACAUUCACGUGAAACGCCACUUGGAUCCACUUCCAGCCGGUUAUUUUUACAAUGGGACUCAAUUUGUGAACUUUUUUGGUGACAAAAUGGAUUACCAUCCAUUAAUGGACCAAUUCAUGAAUGACUACUUGGAAGAAGCCAACAGGGAGAUAGAGAAGUACAACAGAGAACUAGAAGAACAAGAGUACCAUGAUCUCUUUGAGCAGAAGACAUAAGCAAGUCUGUCCUGUGCGUUUCUGAACCACCUACUAUCAGUAACCAAAAAUGCUGUUGUCCUUGCUGGUUAACUAGAAAAUUAAAUGUCAGUUUUCAGCAUUCCUUUUAAAAACUAUAAGAGGUCAUUCCUGUAAGGUUGGCAUUUGAAUAUGGUCACUGCUUAGCUGUUUGUACUGUCAGGUUUGCUUCCACUUCACCUUAAUUCCAGACUGUAAAAAGCAUCACCUGGAAUCUCUGGCUAGUAGUGGAAACUUAUUUAAAAGAAGAAGAAAAAGAAGCAAAAGUGUUAUUUCCUUGUAAGUCAGAAGGUAUCAUGGAAUUGGUCUGUGCAGAUAAUCAAACCUUUGCUCCAGUAUCUGGGUGUCCCUUGAAACUUGUUGCACGUGAGCAUUGAUGAGCAAUGGUGUAUUCAGUAUGUGGGACUGGGAGGUGUUCCCAAAGCGAGAAAUGGGGGAACAUUAAAACUCAGCAGAGUACCCAGUCCCACAGCUGAUGGGAUGUACCCAAAGCAAGAAAUGGGGGAACAUUAAAACUCAGCAGAGUACCCAGUCCCACAGCUGAUGGGAUGUACCCAAAGCAAGAAAUGGGGGAACAUUAAAACUCAGCAGAGUACCCAGUCCCACAGCUGAUGGGGUGUUCCCAAAGCGAGAAAUGGGGGAACAAUCCAGAAACUCAGUAGAAUACCCAAUCUCACAGCUCUUAAGUUGUUCCCAAAGUGAGAAAUGGGGGAACAACCCAGAAACUCAGCAGAGUACCCAGUCCCACAGCUGUUGGGGUGUUCCCAAAGCGAGAAAUGGGGGAACAAGAAAACUCAGCAGAGUAACCAGUCCCACAGCUCUUAAGAUGUUCCCAAAGCGAGAAAUGGGGGAACAUUAAAACUCAGCAGAGUGUCCAAUCCCACAGCUGAUGGGGUGUUCCCAGAGUGAGAAAUGGGGGAACAAUUGAAACUCAGCAGAGUGUCCAAUCCCACAGCUGAUGGGGUGUUCCCAGAGUGAGAAAUGGGGGAACAAUCCAGAAACUCAGUAGAAUACCCAAUCUCACAGCUCUUAAGUUGUUCCCAAAGUGAGAAAUGGGGGAACAAGAAAACUCAGCAGAGUAACCAGUCCCACAGCUCUUAAGAUGUUCCCAAAGCGAGAAAUGGGGGAACAUUAAAACUCAGCAGAGUGUCCAAUCCCACAGCUGAUGGGGUGUUCCCAGAGUGAGAAAUGGGGGAACAAUUGAAACUCAGCAGAGUGUCCAAUCCCACAGCUGAUGGGGUGUUCCCAAAGCGAGAAAUGGGGGAACAAUCCAGAAACUCAGUAGAAUACCCAAUCUCACAGCUCUUAAGUUGUUCCCAAAGUGAGAAAUGGGGGAACAACCCAGAAACUCAGCAGAGUAGCCAGUCCCACAGCUGUUGGGGUGUUCCCAAAGCGAGAAAUAGGGGAACAAGAAAACUCAGCAGAGUGCCCAGUCCCACAGCUCUUAAGAUGUUCCCAAAGUGAGAAAUGGGGGAACAAGUCAGAAACUCAGUAGAAUACCCAAUCUCACAGCUCUUAAGUUGUUCCCAGAGUGAGAAAUGGGGGAACAAUUGAAACUCAGCAGAGUGCCCAGUCCCACAGCUGAUGGGAUGUUCCCAAAGCGAGAAAUGAGGGAACAAGAAAACUCAGCAGAGUAGCCAGUCCCACAGCUCUUAAAAUGUUCCCAAAGCGAGAAAUGGGGGAACAAUCCAGAAACUCAGCAGAGCACCCAAUCCCACAGUUGUUGGGGUGUUCCCAAAGCGAGAAAUGGGGGAACACUUAGGCAUCUGCGUUUUUCCAAGGGGCCAGCGUGUCUCAUAACCUCUGCACAGUUUGAAUCUGCAGUUGAAAUUUUGACUUCUUUAAGGAAAAGGUGUUUCCACGUUUCAGGGUGGAAUGGGACAAGUGGAGACAUCUUGCAUUCUUUCCAGUGUUGUUAUUGGUGUUGUAGGAAAUGUGACAUGGAUGGUGGCAGUCUUUCAGCUUGGCUGCUGCUUAGAAGAUGAUCCGUGAGGCAUUCUUAGCCCUGUACUAAAAACUAGGCAAAGCAAGAAUUCUUUAGCUAAAAGAAUUCCUUCUCAUGAAAAUGACUGAUUUCCAAAGGUAAAAAAACAUCAGAAGCUAUACUUGAAAUGUGACAGAAGUUGGUUGUGGAGCUUUCAGGAGAUUUUGUGUCCUAACAUUUCACUGAACUGAUUCCCCAGGUUUUAAGUACUUUAGUCGUUACUUUCUUGAAGUGACUGUGGUAGUUACUAAAUGAUACCGUAGUAAGAAUUGUGGCACCUUGUCCUUAAUUUAGUACCAUUUGAAGUGAGACUUCAUAGAUCACUGGCUGAAGGAUUCUAAAGCACCCUAGCAGCCACUGAAAGGUAAUUAUCAAACGCUAUUUGAAUAAGCAGAUUAUUGUAGCUGUGUGUUCAGGAUCUAAUCAAGUGAGAACAGCCUGGGAGGAAUGCUUUGUUUUCAUACCCCUUUUGCCUUAGAAGCAGCUCAGUUGUUUGGGUUUUAUUUAUUUUAAAUACAAAUGUAGCUUUUCUUUUGGCUCAGGUGUAUGUAGCAGAGGAAGAAAUUGGAUGAAUCGUUUCUUACAGCAUCCCUUAAAAUACUUAGGUCCACGCAGGAAAAUGAGAUGUAACUCCUGCCAUCAAAGCUAAGGCUAGGUAUAGCUUUAUGCCUUACUUGAAAAAAAGAGAUGUUUUUUUUACCUUUGGAAUAGGAAAUGGCUGAAAUUUCAAUGAUCAGCCUGUCAAAAACUGAACCACCUUUUAGGUAAGCUUUCAGUACCCAUUGCUACUAGCUGGCUCGUGCCUGUGGCGGUUACACAGCGCAGAGCUGGAAUUCCAGGUGCUGCACACUGGGAUAUAGAUGUUGGUAAGGUUUCUUUAGUAGCUUUCCUACUAGAUUUAAUCAAGCUGUCCCAAGAUGACUUCCCCCCCCUCUUUGCACACCGUGAGACGUUAUAAACUCCUCGUAUGCUGUUGAAGUACAACAAAAGCCAGCGCUUGGUUUGUGUUGUUAGGCUUUCUGGGGUAACCCGUGUUAGAGCAUCAUGAUAAGGCUCAUGAGUUUAUCUAUGCAUGGCUAUACUUUAGUCUUAAUAUCCUGUAGUGCCUGGUAGAGUAAACGUACCUAGCAGUUGAUUUAGGGGGCUAGUAGGUGUUUACAAACUAAGUCCACUUGAUGGCAGGAAACUCCCGAUCGGGAUUUAUUGGAGUCUAAAAUACUGGUUGUUAACACUUGCAAUAAAAAGGGGCAUUAGGAAAUCCCUGACAAAUUCUAGCUCUUUGCCAAUAAACUUAGUGUAAACCCAGCCUGCUCCCUUUGAGUACAAACAAUCUGCAAAGCCAUAUUUCUAGAGCUAGCGGUAUGACUAGGUAACGUCAGAGGAAAGCCCGGCGGCUGGGAGAGCGGACACGCCGUCGAGGCUUUGUCUCAACCCAGUAGAUAUAAGUGCAAUUGAUUGAACCAUAGAUGAAGAUACUGUAGCUUAUAUUUCUUUUUUUGGCUCUGCUGAAAACUCUUUUUUUAAGAGCUCCAAUUUGUGCAGCCCUCAAAAAGCAAAUGUCAGUGGGGCCGGUGCAGCCGGGGGCUCAGCAGGCGAGAGGUCCCGGGAGAAAAGCAAGGCACAAAGUGUUCAGAAUUGGCAGUGCUGCUGUGCAAAUGGAGCUGCUCCUUAAAAACCGAGGCAGCAGAGCUCGGAACAAAAACCUAGUGAACUUAAAUACUUGUGCUGCAUGCUAUAUGGUAAUAGCUGUGUAUUAUGAAGACCUUUCACCAUACUGGUACUACUUCAAUUGAUAUAUUUUGGUAUUGAAAUGAAUGGAUUACCUCAAUUCUGGGUGGUUUUCUAAGGUUUUUUGGAACUGUGACUUUAUAAAAACAGGAAAAAGAAAAAAAAUACACCAAAAUAGUGAAACUGUGACAGUGAUAUCCUUUAAAGAUAGCAGUGCCUUGCAAGGUGACACCAUUUAUUCACCAAGCAUCAAAUGAAUGCACGUCACGGGGUUGUGUUGCUUUGCACCCUCUUUGGGGUUUUUGUUUUUAAAGGAGAAGCAGUUUUGGUGAAAGGACUUAAAAUUAACCUAGUGAAGAAUAUUAGCACAAAUGGUUAAACUGUUUAAGAAGAAAACUCUUUGAGGACUGAAAGGUGUAAAUGCCUGAUGCUGCUGUUGGAUAGUUGCUGAUUGAUUUGGAGUUACUUCUAAAAAUCAGCAGCACUUUUGGGGUUGUUUUUAUUUAGAAGAGGCUAACUUUUGUACUCUGGUCAGAGAUAUUUAUACUGUAUCAAACCCCAUCUGUAGGGUAAUGUGGUUUCCUCACUCCUUUGAAGUCAAGGUGAGGAUUUGAGAUACUUCUAAGGAUCUAGUUUUGGACAUUUUUUUUUAGCUACUGUAAGACUUGAAAAGAAAGAGAGAGGAAAAAAAAAAGCACCAUUUCUAAACCACAAACGUUUGGAUACAGGAAAUUUUUGCAAGUGCCAUUACACUGUUGCUUUGUCUUUUACUGUAUUUAGCAAAUUGGUGACAGUAACUUUGUGUCCAGGCAUUUCUGCUCUCGUUGAAGAAGCGCUGAGAGUCCUCAAGGGGUUUACAACGCUUUGCUGACCUUCACGUUAGGCAGCCUGUGGUGGUGGUUGUCUUUUUCUCAUUUCCCCCCCCUCCCCAAGAAUGAAUGUGAUCAGAAGUUACUGAAGUUAUAGGGAGGAAACAAACAAAUGUGAUGAAACUUAAGAGGAACAUUUGCAACUGGAACCACGCUGCAGUCUGGGAGUAUUUUAUAUUAAGCUGUGCAAUUUGGUCCCGUUUUUACACUUGGCAAUGAACAGAACUGACUGCAGGGGAAGGUUCAAGUUGCAGGUUAAAAGUUCCCUCAUGAGUUUGGGGUUUUAAUUAUUGUUUUAAUUGAAACUGUCUCUUUUUUUCUUUCCUGAAUUUGCACAGAUUUAAGCUCUGGAAUACUUUGGUAUUCUUAAAAGGGAAAUAAAAUGUAACUAGUAGAGUGAAUUGUCAACUGUGAGUUGUUUAGAAGCGCGUUGCUGAUCUCACUGUAGAUUGUUUAAACACGUACCUCAGAAAGCUAGUGAGAAACUGCUUCGUUUUGACACAAGGGUCAGAGACUCAUCUAACACUUCUCACUUUACCAUGUGCCAAAAUUCACUUUGAUACUAGUUCUCAAUGCUUUAAUGUUUGCGACUUUAAGUUAAAGAAGUUGUUGUCUUUACAAACACUACUGUAACUUCAGUUCAACUGAACGGUGUGAUUGAAGCUUUUUUGCCUGUCGUAUUUAUUACACAACUUGAUUCAGUAAAGGUAAAAUGACCUUUCCAUUUAUUUUUGUAUUGUUUUACAUGUUUAUACCUGCAGUCUGUGUGACUUUUACACCUAUAACUCAGAUGUGAUGGAAAGAACCAAUAAACAAUAUCCAUCUGCA